AUGGCCAGCAGAAACCGAAUCACAGCAGGUCCAAAAUCUGUCAUUUGUCACGAAACGGAUCUACGCGGGGAGAUAUCCAUCGGUGCAGGAACCGUAUUGCACCCUCAAUGUCGUAUCGUUGCCGAGAAUGGGCCUGUGUAUAUUGGAAAGAACAAUAUCGUCGAAGAAAACGUUAUCAUCUUCAACAAGAAUAGUUCACCUCUCAUCAUUGGUGAUGAAAACGUAUUCGAAGUUGGAUGUUAUGUGGAAGGAUCAAGAAUCGGUAACAACAACAUCAUUGAAGCACGAGCAAAAGUCCAUGGAAGUACCAUCAUAGGAAAUCAUUGCGUAGUGGGUGCGGCUUGUUCGACCGAAAUGAAUGAAACGGUGGAGGACAUGACAAUCAUCUAUGGCACAAAGUCAUGCAGACGAAAGCAGAGUGAAAUAUUCCCGGCUCAAGCAGCUUUGCAUGCACGUCAUUUGGAAUACCUGCGUGAGGUGCUGCCCAAAUACAAUCAUUUAAAGAGGCUUGAAAGCAUGUAG